CAACAUACAUGGGAAAUCGAAAGUAAAACGACUCGUUGACAUUUGAGUCUCAUUUGACAGUGGUACAGUUAUAGUUAACACACAGAGUCUAAUAUAAAUAAUUUAUUACUAAGAGACUGAAGUUCUAGUGGGCUUCAGCAAAGUAGCAGGUACUUUUGGUUGACUGAGACCUAAGAAGAGAAGGAUUAUGUAGAAUGUGGUUGCUCCAUAAUAUAAAAAAUACAAGCAGUUUGUUUUGGUUUGUUAUAAAAAAAUUUCAGAUGCCAAAUCUACGUAAACAUAUAACACACAUUCUUCAGAAAUGGAUUUAGAGCUCGUUUCAAUAGCUAAAGACAGAAAUUUCAUGGAAGUUUCUGAAUUAUUUAUUUGUGUCAUUGUAAAAAAUAUUCGUCGAUACCAAGCUCUUGGAACUAACACUCAAAAUCUACCGGGCUAUUGUCUUAAUGUUUUACUGACUCAAGUCACUCAUUCUGGUCAAGUCAUAGAUUUGUCCCAGUCAAAUCUAGCAAAGACAUAUGGACUCAGAUAUGUUGUGGUCAAUACCUGUGUCGCUGUUGGACAGUGUGAGGCAGGAAUUGUUUCAGUCAAUACAAGCAUUCACAUAGAUAAAGUUCAAAGUGAAGAUUUCUAUAACCUCAAGACAAAUAUUUCAUGCGUAUCACUUGGUGGAGUAGCGAGGGAAAUUGAUAAACUUGCUAGAUUUGUUAACUAUCAGUCAAAUGUAUCCAUACCCAAUCAACCAGUUGGUGUUAUACUUCAUGGCCCUCCAGGCUGUGGGAAAACCUCUAUAGCCAAAAACCUGUCACAGACAACAGGUGCUGUGCUCAUCAGCAUUGAAGGAACAGAUGUUCUCAACUCAGACUUUGGAUCAGGAGCCGUGGCCUUGAGAAACAUAUUCAGUCGAGCAGUUUGUUUAUCUGAUGAGGGAUCUGUUGUUGUUGUCAUUGACGAGUUAGAUGUUCUUUGUCCAAGAAGUGAAAGUUCAAGUUUAGGCAGCCGGCAGAUUACUAAUGCUCUCAUCUCUGAAAUGGACAGCUUGAGUUCUAAGCAAUGCAGGGGUGUUUUAGUUAUUGGCACGACUAAUGUUAUAUCUUCAGUCAAUCCAGCUCUUAGACGACCAGGGCGAUUUGAUCAUGAGGUGCUUAUAAACGUCCCCACUAAAGAGCAAAGGAUUUCUAUUCUAGAAGUGCUGACAUCUCCCCUACAACUAGAUGGAAAUGUGUCUCUUGCUGAACUGGCUACCUGGACUACAGGCUAUGUGGGGUCUGACUUGAAGGCACUCUGUGAAGAGGCGGCCAGUCAUGCAGCAACCACGAGUGUGGAUGCCAGUGUUGGCAAAUCAGAUUUCAUGUAUGCCUUACACAAAGUGGUCCCAUCACUCAGAAAAACAUCAAGUUGUUCAGUUGACUUACAGCCUGUCAAGUGGGAUGACAUUGGUGGAUUGAAGGAAGUCAAGGAGGAAAUAAUACAAUCUGUAGAGUGGCCGCUACUGUAUCCAGAAGCGCUUCGGAGAAUGGAUUUAUCUGCAACUAAAGGGAUAUUGCUCUAUGGGCCACCAGGCUGUUGUAAAACCACAUUAGUACGAGCCGCUGCUACUUCCUGUCAUGUGACUUUUUUAACCCUCAAUGGUGCUCAGAUUUAUUCUCCUUAUGUUGGAGAAUCUGAGAGAAUUAUUUCAGAGACUUUCCAGAAGGCAAGAGCCCUGUCCCCCUGCAUACUGUUCUUCGAUGAAUUAGAAUCUAUUGUUGGUAAAAGAAGCUCAGAUGGCAGGCAGUCCAAGGUCCAAGAAAGAAUAUUGGCUACCAUGUUGAAUGAGAUGGAUGGCAUAGGAGCAAGACUAGAUCAAAAGAUGGAUGCUUCCCUCACUUCACAUAAAGGAAAAGAUAAGCAAAAAAUGAAAGAGUUGAAUGCUGCUUAUCAAACAAAUGGAACUGAUAAUUACACACAGCAGUAUGAAGGUCCAUCACGUGUGAUAGUUAUUGGUGCAACAAACAGGCCUGAUAUGUUGGAUUCUGCUAUCUUACGUCCAGGCCGCUUAGACAAGUUGAUUUAUGUACCUCCCCCAGAUGAAGAGAGUAGAAAGUGUAUACUAAACAUCUACAGCUCCAGUAUACCCACAGAGAAUUUGGACCUGAAAGAGCUGAGCAACAGAACCUCUUAUUAUUCAGGGGCUGAUCUGAAAAAUGUUUGUAAAGAGGCUGGAUUAAUUGCUCUCCGUGCUAAUAUGGGAGACAAUUUGAGCAACACAGUUGUGUCCCACCAGCAUUUCCUUCGGGCUCUGGAUGUUGUGAAGCCUUCUUUAUCAGACCACAUCGUACAGCACCAUCAUCUCAAGUAAUGAGUGUUUUGGUCAAGGGUGACCGGAAGGAUGCACAAACAGGAAAAUGCCCAAAAGAAAACUGUCCACAAAAAUGUGCGUAAGGGAAUAAUAUUCUCCACAUUGACCAUUGAUUUAAAGAUUUCAGUAAAGAAUGAUUACAUGUACAUUGAAACAUAAUAAAACAUUCUUCCACAAAAUAUGGCAAAAUUAAAGUGUAAUAGUAUAAUGUGUUUGUACUUGCGUUCAUUUUUCUGGGAACCUUGAGUUGCUGCCAUAACCAUGAUCAGGGAUGACAAGUAGUGCUAUAGACAGGGUUCGUAC